GUGGAACGCUGCGGAGGGUGCGUGCGGGCGUCGUCCGCCAGACAAAGGAGCCGGGACACCGCCGCGGGGACCACUGCCACCCAUCUUCCCUCCCCAUCCCCGAGCUCUCGGGGCCUGCGUCCACCCGCCACCAUGACCGCCAACGGCACGGCCGAGGCUGUGCAGAUCCAAUUCGGCCUGAUCAACUGCAGCAACAAGUACCUGACUGCUGAGGCAUUCGGGUUCAAGGUGAACGCGUCGGCCAGCAGCCUGAAGAAGAAGCAGAUCUGGACGCUGGAGCAGCCGCCCGAUGAGGCGGGCAGCGCGGCCGUGUGCCUGCGCAGUCACCUGGGUCGCUACCUGGCGGCCGACAAGGACGGCAACGUGACCUGCGAGCGCGAGGUGCCCGGCGCCGACUGCCGCUUCCUAAUCGUGGCGCACGACGACGGCCGCUGGUCGCUGCAGUCCGAGGCGCACCGACGCUACUUCGGGGGCACCGAGGACCGCCUGUCGUGCUUCGCCCAGACCGUGUCACCGGCCGAGAAGUGGAGCGUGCACAUCGCCAUGCACCCCCAGGUCAACAUCUACAGCCUGACCCGUAAGCGCUACGCUCACCUGGGCGCCCGGCCGGCCGACGAGAUCGCCGUGGACCGGGACGUGCCCUGGGGCGUCGACUCGCUCAUCACGCUCGCCUUCCAGGACCAGCGCUACAGCGUGCAGACGGCCGACCACCGCUUCCUGCGCCACGACGGGCGCCUGGUGGCACAGCCCGAGCCCGCCACCGGCUACACGCUGGAGUUCCGCUCCGGCAAGGUGGCCUUCCGCGACUGCGAAGGCCGCUACCUGGCACCGUCGGGGCCCAGCGGCACGCUCAAGGCGGGCAAGGCCACCAAGGUGGGCAAGGACGAGCUCUUCGUGCUGGAGCAGAGCUGCGCCCAGGUGGUGCUGCAGGCGGCCAACGAGAGGAACGUGUCCACGCGCCAGGGUAUGGACCUAUCAGCCAAUCAGGAUGAAGAGACUGACCAGGAGACCUUCCAGCUGGAGAUCGACAGGGACACAAAGAAGUGCGCCUUCCGCACCCACACCGGCAAGUACUGGAUGCUGACGGCCACAGGGGGCGUGCAGUCCACUGCGUCCACCAAAAAUGCCAGCUGCUAUUUUGACAUUGAGUGGCGUGAUCGGCGCAUCACACUGCGUGCCUCCAACGGGAAAUUUGUGACAGCCAAGAAGAACGGGCAGCUGGCCGCUUCGGUGGAGAUGGCAGGGGACUCGGAGCUGUUCCUCAUGAAGCUCAUCAACCGCCCCAUCAUCGUGUUUCGCGGGGAGCAUGGAUUCAUCGGCUGCCGCAAGGUCACCGGCACUCUGGACGCCAACCGCUCCAGCUAUGAUGUCUUCCAGCUUGAAUUCAACAACGGCGCCUACAACAUCAAAGACUCCACGGGCAAGUACUGGACAGUGGGCAGCGACUCCUCCGUCACCAGCAGCAGCGACACCCCAGUGGAUUUCUUCUUUGAGUUUUGUGACUACAAUAAAGUGGCCAUCAAGGUGGGCGGGCGCUACCUGAAAGGGGACCACGCGGGGGUCCUGAAGGCCUGCGCGGAGACCAUUGACCCUGCCUCGCUCUGGGAGUACUGAGGGUCACCGGUCCCGUGGGGGGGGGGGUGGGAUCCUCCAGGCCUUCCUGCUCACCCUGCUCUCUAGGUGGCCCUGUGGCAGGUGGUGAGCCCCUUGCCUUUCAAACUGGAAACCCCAGAGAAUAUGGUGCCCCCAUUCCCCUUCCCCUGCUUUCCCCCAAGGGUCAGUGGCUGCAGCCUCAGGUCCCUCUGUCCCCUCCUCUGCCAUGGGGCAAGGCUGGCACCUCUUUCUGACCUCAGAUAACUGUGAGCCUUAUUUCCCUGGAAAGUAGCCCAGAAGUAGGGGGGCUGGGAAGCUGCCUCAGACCCCCCCCCUGGAGCCGGACCCUUGUCCCCAGCCUAGCCCUUCCACACCACCCUCCCACCCCCCAUCAAGUGGGGAAGUCUUGGGUGAUAUUGAAACUACACCUGGCCUGAGAUAUUAUCCACAGGUGUGUUUUUUGGGUGUGGUUGGACUGCUGCUUGUAUCCAACCUUGCAAUGACCCAGCGGCUCCCUGGCUGGAAGUGGGGGGGGGGUAGGGGGAGCCACUGGACAGCCAUAGGGUCUUCCCUGCACAUUCUGGUCUCAGUUGGGGUACCCUGUUCCCAUCUCAUUCCUUUCACCCUGGCCUGACUGGAAACAGAAAAUGACCAAAUCAGUAUUUUUUUUUUCUUCAAUGUACGGGUGGAAGGCAUCCCAGGAUAGCUUGGUUGUAGUUCUGAGGGGUCUUGGUGGAUGUGUGUGGGGGGGGAGGGGUCUUGUCACCUGCACCUGCUUCCCUAGCUGGUCAUCCCUGGUUCUGCCCAUCCGCAGCCCUGGGCCCACCCUUCUCAGCCAGAGCCCUGCUGUGAUUGGUGCUCCAUGUCUGACUGACAUCUCGGGUCUUCUGGGCAGGAAGAAGCCAUGUGUUUCCUUGGCAGGGCCCCAGCCUCCCAUCAUGCCUCUCACUCUGGGUGUCUUGGUCUUUUAUUUUUUGUAAGUGUCAUUUGUAUAACUAUAAACGCCCAUAAUAGUAGCUUUGAACUGGAAAGAGCAAAAUAAAAUAAUGCAAGUCUGCA